GUUGAUGCAGUUCAGUACUCGUGUUCGUCCCGCGCUUACCGAGGUGUCCGUCCCGCGUUUACCGAAAUGUGCGUCCCGCGCUCGCCGUUUACAUUUUGUGUUCUCAAAUUGAUCGCGUAUUAAUUAUUCCGAGUCGAUUAGACUGCGAAAACAAUUCUCAUCGAGUGUACUAUUUUUAUUGUGGUUUGUACUUCUAGUAUUUUUUUUAAGUAAUUUUGUUCUCCCGGUGAUUUUCUAACAUGGUGCAGCAUAUUUUGAAAAUUGAGAAGAUGUAUUUGUAAUCGGUCGUUUUUGUUUUUUUUUAACCAAAAUGACUACCACAGUGGAAGUGACAACUUAUAGAAGGCCUUUUGGCCAUGGAGAUAUGGCUUCAAUUAUGGGUGGUCGAAGUAAACAAAAAUCCAUUCCAAAGCUAACAAGAAAAGCGACUCCUAUUCCAGUAUUACCUCCGCGAAUUCCUACUCCUAUGCCUAAAAAACAAAUAGAAGAAGUUCCUAAAUUAAAAAUCGCUAAAUAUCAAAAAACCUAUAAAUCUUCAUUAGCGGCUCAUUUGAAACUACAGCGAUUUGAUGAAUAUCAAUCAAAAGAAAAACAAAACAAACUUAAACAACAGCAACAUCAACCACAGUCACCAGGAGGACGUCCACAGCCACCGCUUCCACCGACUCAGCCGGCCGCCUCUUAUUCCACCUCCUCCCCUUUAUGCACCGCUGGCGGGGAGAUCCGGAACCGAGGCGGCCACACGUCUACGAUGGUCACGGGCGGCGGCGGCAGUCGUGUUCAGGACCCUCAGCCGACGCCGGCCCGUCGACGUAUACCGCGCAUAGUCGACUCGCACGUGCUCAUCGACGUCAUAGACCGCAAGUCUUCUUCGUUGACAUUAUCGGCCCCGCUGCAAUCCACCGAUGUAGCGAAAGCCUCGGUCACCGGUGGAGUACGAUCUUACCUAACCGACAUGUACGCCGCCACAGAUGCAAGAUAUGGACUACGCUAUGGGCUCCAAACUGCCAAUAUUGCAGUACAGGAUACCAAAACGUCGACGGCUGCAGCAUUCUUUCUGAGGGCUUCACAAAAAUUAAAUUUAAAUGGUUCUCCGCAUCGAAGAAAGAGACGAGGAUCACAAGGAGAAGAAUCUGGUUCCAGUACAAAUGGCUUCGCUAGUGGUCUACAUAAACAUGCUCCACCAUUACCUGCACUGUUACAGCGACGAAUUGCUGGUAAGGAGCUUACUGGUGUUGGCAAGGUUAAAGUCAUUCUUAGAGUGGCUAAAGGGCAGGCUGAUGAAUCUGUUGAAGAUCAAGACAAACAAAGUAACUUUAUGUCAGUGGACCAGAAACAUAGACAACUUACAUUGAUCGAUCCAAAUGCUCCGACUCCGUCUAACGACGGUAGCCGCCGUGUAGGUGUAAUAGCUCCAAAGAUGUUCGCUUUUGAUGCUUUGUUCACACCAGAAGACACUCAGGUGGACGUAUGUAGUGCAGCUUUAAUGGACGUUAUACAUGCUGUUAUCCAUGGAACUGAUGGCUCAGUGUUUUGUUAUGGUCAACAAAAUUUAGGUAAAUCCUACACAAUGAUAGGAUCUCCCGAUGAUCCACAGACGUACGGAGUCAUACCUUGUGCUAUAUCGUGGCUUUUCAAGGGUAUACAAGAACAAAAAACUAGAACAGGCACACGGUUUUCAGUGAGGGUGUCGGCGGUGGAAGUGUCAGGACCCGCAACUCCAAUCAAGGAUCUACUUGCCGGUCAAUCCAAUGACGGCGAAGAUAAUUUGCCAGGCCCUGGGGCAUAUUUGAGAGGAGAAGAUCCAGUACUAGGUACGCCUGUUCAGUAUCAUAGUGAACUACGAGCUCAGACCAUAGAAAAGGCAGCAUACUAUUUAGAUGUUGCUUUAAAAAUGCGAAAUUCUUCUCCUGAAUCACACAUGUUAUAUACUCUACAUGUUUACCAAUACACUGUACCCACUGGAUCAUCAGCUGUUGCUGGAGGUAGAAGCCGUUUACAUUUAUUAGAUCUCGGAAGUUGUGAAAGAAGCAAAUCCUCUGGAGGACUUACGUUGUCAGGUCUGGGAAAUGUUCUUUUGGCAAUAUUCAACGGUCAAAAACAUCUACCACAUAGAGAACAAAAAUUAACACAGCUUUUAAAGGAAUGUUUAAACUCGUUGACUUGCCACGCAGCAAUGAUAGCUCAUGUGUCUUCGUUUGCCCAACAAUACACAGAAACCCUUUCAGCAGUACAAUUAGCUUCUCGUAUCCAUCGCAUGCGCAGAAGAAGAUUUAAGUUUGUUGGUGUUUCCAGUGGAUGCGGAACAUCUACUGGUGACACAGACAAUAAAGUUCAAAAUGGCAUGGGUCCUAAUGAAAUAGAACCUUCAAGCAGUGAACAGUCUGCUGACACCGUGAUUUAUGUUGGCCCAAGUGAAGAAACUGACGGAGAACAUCCACCAGUUCAUAUUCCUAGUUUAUCGGCUAUCGAUAACCGUUGUCAUCCCCUAAAUAAACUACUCCGGGAACCUGGUCAGAGUAGAUCGACACCAUCUUCACCACAAAGAAUAAUAACCUCAAAAACAGCUCCUGCUACUAAAGCGGCUGCAAAACCAAAUGGAGUUAGCAGCGCGCGAUCUUCACCUGUUCGCAAUCCUAAAUCAUCAAGCAAUAGUAAACGAGAACGACCAGAAGAAAGAUGGAUUGAUGGUCCAAAAAUUUCCAAAUCUCGAGUUCAUGACACAAGAGCUAUGUUAAUGUCUAAAAAGAAAGAUGAAACUUGGAUUGAUGGCCCAAUGCAUGGUGGAAGUGUAACACAGCAUUCAAGUGUUUACGGAUUUAUGGAUUAUCAUAAAAAAAAUAUGAUAAAAAAAUGGGUCGAAAAUCAAGUUUAUCAAGUAACAGAUAAACACAACAAACAUCGUGAAAUGAAGGAAUAUACUGCGCUCAAAACUGACGAUUUAGGACCUAGAGGUAGAGCUAGUGGUCAAGAAGAAAAUGGCGAAGAUGAUUCAAAAAUUGAUCGCUUGCCUGUUGCCACAAGGUCUAUGGCAUUAGAAAAUCAUCAGAUCAGCAGAGUAGUACCUAUAGAGCGACUUAGAGGUUCUAACAUCGAAGAAUACAACGAAGAAGAUGAUGAAAUAGAAUUAGAAAUUGUAGAGGUCGAGGAACUUGAAGAACCCGUUCCUACUCAAGAUAGUUGCUUACAGGUUACUGAAGAAGAUAUUGCAUUUUGCAUGGGAGAACUAGAAAACCCAUUGCCUGAAGUUGAUCAAGAAGAACAUCCUCUUAGAAUACUCAGCCAAGAAAAUAUGACUGUAGUAUCUACUUUUACAGACUCUUUGUCUGUGGCUAAUGAUAUCGACAGAGUGUUUUCAAGACCUAAUACCAAUUCAUUUAGACAGUUCAAUCAUAGACUUCAAUCAGUACCACAAAAUGAACAAAAAUCAUCAAGAGAUCAAUAUCGAUAUGAACAGCUAUCACGAUUACAUGAACUAUAUAAUGGUAAAGUUGGAGUUCCUAAACACGUUCCUAAUAAUUCUAACCAUUCUACUUUACCAUCGCGCCUACAAUCAGCUUCAUUAUCUGAUGUUUUCAAGAAUGGAAUUGGUAGUACAGAUGGUCAUUCUACAAACUUUGAUCAAAUUCAAAUAUCAAACGACUUUGAUAAUAACAGUAUCGCUAGUGAGCCGGCGUAUUUAUUGAACGAUAACAAUCAAUUUUGUCAUAACUGUCGAACAAAUUUAACUAGUACUGAUGACUUAACAAGUAAUCUAUGGAUGCAUUAUGGAGAACUUCAUACUUUAAGCCGCUUUCACUCUUUUAAACAUGUAAGCAGAAAUAUAUCUAACUUAAGGCAUCCAGAUGGUGCAUCAAAUCCAAAUCUACAGCUAGAAUCGUAUAGAGAGCCAGGAAAUGGAGCAGAAGAUUGUAAAGAAAAAGGACAAGGUAGUGACGAAGGAGAUAUUGAUGAAGUACCUUAUCCACCUCCUUUACAAUCAGAAUUAUUAUCACUCAGUAGAGACACAUUGGACAGUAAAAAUCGUGUACAAUCAGUUUUGAACAGCUUCACAUAUUCAGGAAGACUAAAUCAAAAUUUCAUAACUAAUGGUUAUAAUAAUGGAAUAACUAAUGGUCUUACCAAUGGAAUAACUAAUAGCCUUACCAAUGGAAUAACUAAUGGUCUUACCAAUGGAGUAACUAAUGGUCUUACCAAUGGAAUAACUAAUGGAAAGUCUCACGAUCCAGGAGGGAACGGAAAACAAAGGAACAGCGAACAAAAUAGCUGGAAUGGUGGUAGGACGCGAUUUGAAGACAUCAAACAGCUCAAAGAAUUCAACGUGACCAGUAACAAACUUUUUAAUCAACGGUGGUUUCAAGACAAAAAAAACCCCAGAUCGAAAAAUUUAAAUGAAACGGGCAAGAGCAAUAAUAUUUCCGCCACCCAAAAUGGCAGCAGAUGUGAUAGUUAGGAUGGAGGGUUGUUACCUUUUUUUUGUGUGUCCAUGUGUGUAAAGAUGUUUUUAAAUAUAUAUAUAUAUAUAUA